UCGCAUGCAUGUAUACUCCUAAAUAUUGUCAAUAUUUACUUUGUAGAAGAAAAAAUGAGCCAGAUUGAUGCGGAUGGUUUGCCAGAGACUCCCUGGAGAAAAACAUGCAACUGGAACAACACGUUCGAGACUUUGGCUGAACUUAAAGAUGAACUAGAGAACUUUGAACCAAUGGGAGAUAUGCUGACAGGAGAAGUACACUUCCCUCAGGUCAAUAUUUUGCUGUUUGGUGGUGUAGGAGCCGGAAAAUCCAGCGUGUUUAACACCAUCAAUUCUGUAUUCCGAGGAAAGAUUUUUAACGUAGCGAGAAGUGGCUGUUCAGAACAUAGUCUUACAACAAAGUUCACAAAAUAUCCAGUCAUGUCGGGUAGCAGCACAUUACCUAUGCCUCUUAAGUUCCGACUAUGUGACAUCAGAGGUUUGGAGCAAGAACACCUUAUGACAAAGGAAAAUAUGCGUUACAUACUCGAAGAAAGUAUUGCAGACAGGUUUCCGUUUGAUCCAAGCGGGAGUAUCUCAUCUGACAUGCCAGGCUUCGAGAAACACCCAAAACUUGACCAGAAGAUUCACUGCGUUGCUCUGGUUCAAGAUGCUUCUAUCGUUGACGCCAUGAAAGAUCUAAGUCCAGAAGUCACAAAGAACAUUAAGGAAAUGCAGACGGUUAUGAAUAAUUUAGAAAUACCACAAGUAGUUAUAUUGACCAAAAUUGACAGUAUCUGUGAGGCGACGAGAGAGGAUGCCGCAAACGCCUUUAGAAGCCCUAAAGUGGAGAAAUGUGUAGCUAAGGUGUCAGAGGUUCUUGGGCUCCCACGAAACAUGGUAUUUCCAAUGAAGAACUACGAAAGUGAAUACCAACUUGACCCUAGCGUCGACAUCAUGGCUCUUCUCACUCUUAAAGGCAUAUUGAACAACUGUGACGCCCACCUAUUCUGCCACUAUGACGAGAUUGUAGAGCGUUACACAAUGGCAGAGAGACGAAAGUAGUGAAUGAUGCAUAGAAAACAAAAGUCUGUUACAAUAAACUUUGAUAUGUCACAUAUUUUCCUGAGUUGUAGUACAUUGAGUGUAUAAUGAUUACUCGGAAAAAAUAAAUCCAUGUCUUAUUAUCGUUGACCAAUUCCAGUAUGCGUGGUUUGAGAAGUUGUCUUCUAAACGGAAAAAAUACAAUACAACAUAGACUAAUCUUAUUAUAUUUUCUGGUGCUUUGGGAGCAUUGAUUACACUAAUGUUACCUCAUAGAAUUUCUCUUAACCCGUUGCAAGAGGGACAGGGGGCGUAAGGUGUGUUGCACAUUAAACCUAGUUCGCUAUUUUGUUCCUAGGUUGCGUUCUAUGCUUCCAAAGGAUCUUUUCAUAAAUUUUAUUUACAAAUGUUAAAAUGAAUUGAAUGGGACUGUAUCUUAGCAUUUUUCUGUAUAUAGAUAAUAAUUGUUUUUCAGAUUUAAUACAGAGAAGAGAUGAAAAUUACCUCAAACUGACAUUAUAAUUUUACGCGCAGGUACCCUGCGGCUAGACAUAUAGCCGUCAAGUUUACUACCCGCCGUGAUUUGAUCGUUAUUUCUCAUAAUCGACAUUAUUUAUCUUUAUAGUUACCAAAUACCCCACAGCUUUCAAUUUAAAUACUUCUUUAAAAUAUUUGUAUUUGCCGAUGAUAUCUAAAAAGACAAGGUAGACCAGACGCCAUUUUAUCAACCAACAGAAGUGGAUUGAGCCCGGCUUAGCUGUGAUGACGUCUGUGCCCGCCGAGAAUCUCGCUCUUUUUAGCUCACCUGAGCACAAAGUGCUCAAGGUGAGCUUUUGUGAUCGCCCUGUGUCCGUCGUCCGUCGUCGUCCGUCCGUCGUCGUCAACAAUUUGACUGUUAACACUCUAGAUGUCACAAUUUUGGCCCAAUCUUAAUGAAACUAGGUCAGAAUGUUACCCUCAAUAAAAUCUUGGACGAGUUUGAUAUUGGGUCAUCUGGGGUCAAAAACUAGGUCAUCAGGUCAAAUCAAAGGGAAAGCUUGUUAACACUCUAGAGGUCACAAUUUUGGCUCAAUCUUCAUGAAACUUGGUCAGAAUGUUACCCUCAAUAAAAUCUUGGAUGAGUUUGAUAUUGGGUUAUCCAGAGUCAAAAACUAGGUCACUAGGUCAAAUCAAAGGAAAAGCUUGCUAACACUCUAGAGGUCACAAUUUUGGCCCAAUCUUAAUGAAACUUGGUCAGAAUGUUACCCUUAAUAAAAUCUUAGACGAGUUUGAUAUUGGGUUAUCUGAGGUCAAAAACUAGGUCACCAGGUCAAAUCAAAGGAAAAGUUUGUUAACACUGUAGAGGCCACAUUUAUGAUUGUAUCUUCAUGAAAUUUAGUCAGAAUGUUAAUCUUGAUGAUCUCAAGGUUUAUUUUGAAUCUCGAUUAUGUAGGGUCAAAAACUAUGUCACCAGGUCAAAUCAAAGGAAAAGCUAGUUAACACUCUAGAGGCCACAUUUAUGACCAAAUCUUAAUGAAUCUUGGUCAGAAUGUUAAUCUUGAGGAUAUAUAACUUAAGUUCAAACCUGUGUUAAAUGAGGUUAAAAACUAGGCCACUUGGUCAAAUCAAAGGAAAAGCUUGUUAACACCCUAGAGGCCACAUUUAUGACUGUAUCUUCAUGAAACUUAGUCAGAAUGUUAAUCUUGGUGAUCUUUAAACAAAGUUUGAAUUUGAGUCUUUUUUAGGUCAAAAACUAGGUCACCGGAUCAAAUCAAAGGAAAAGCUUGUUAACACUCUAGAGAUCACAAUUUUGGCCCAAUCUUAAUGAAUCUUGGUCAGAAUGUUACCCUCAGUAAAGUCUUGGAUGAGUUUGAUAUUGGAUUAUCUGGGUUUAAAAACUAGAUCACCAGGUCAAAUCAAAGAAAAAGCUUGUUAACACUGUAGAGGCCACAUUUAUGAGUGUAUCUUCAUGAAACUUGGUCAGAAUUUUAAUCUUGAUAAUCUCAAGGUUCAGUUUGAAUCUGGGUCAUGUAGGGUCAAAAACUAGGGCACUAGGUCAAAUCAAAGAAAAAGCUAGUUAACACUCUAGAGGCCACAUUUAUGACCAUAUCUUAAUGAAAUUUGGUCAGAAUGUUAAUCUUGAUGAUUCCUAGGUCAGGUGAGCGAUACAGGGCCUUCAUGGCCCUCUUGUUACACGUUCUUGCAGGUUUUGUCGUUUUCAUUGCUAAGCCGGGCGCAAUCCACUUCCGUUGGUUUAAAAGAUGGCGUCAGGUCUACUUUGUCCUUUUUUAUGAUCAUCGGCUAAUAAGAAAUAUUUAUAAAAAAAUAUCUAAAUCGAAAAUGUUAGUUUAUUUGGAUAUCGGACAGUCAACACGCCGGCCAUUUGUCCAGCUGCAGGGUACCUGUGAUUUUACGGCCUUUAAAAUAUACACCACAAACGCACCAAAUAAUGAUAAUGAAGCAAUAUUGAUCCUUAAUUUUCAUUUUGUUUUUGGUGUUAUGCAGGUGCAAAAGUUCCUUAUACAGGUAUACAUAUCAAAACUCUAUAUUAAAGUAUGAUUUCAGGAAUUUGACUUAUGUCUCUGAAUUAUUUUUGUACUUGUAACAUGUGUUAAUGUUGAGUUCUGCACAACAAUGGCUGGAGGGAGUGGACGGUAGCAUGCAUUUCUAUCGUGUUGAGCGACCUGUGGAGUUUCAACUUUUUCUAUUUUAUAACUUUCUAUGUGAUUAUUUUUGUGUACAUUGCGUGUGAAAUGCACGAUGUCAUUCAUUAAAGCAUAUUGUUUUAGCCA